AUGGCAGAAGAGCACCGUUUUCUCCAGACAAGCGCCUGUGAGCUAACCGACAGGUACUAUCAGGUGCUUGUCUCAGAUACUCCAACCGAGUCUAGUCAAUUGGCAAACGUCGUCCGGGCGUGGGCCGGGUCGUUGGGGCAAGCAGGCACUUGUGGAUGUGACACAGUCAACUAUCCUUUCCCCUCCUGUCAACCCAAAUGCCCCAGAAAAGAUGUCAGGCGAGACGACUCCUGCUCUGCCCUUCCGACAGAACGGGGCUAUCUCAUCUGUAAAGGUCAAAGGAUAAAGUGUUAA